AUGCGUGCCUUCACCAUCGCUGCUGCUCUCCUGGUUGCCGGAGCCCAGGCUGCACCUGCUCUUGAGAGCCGUCAGAUCAUCUACGGAUGCUACUUCUCCGGAGAUGGCGUUGUCAACCAAUACGUCAGCGUUGGCCACGACAUCGACGUGACCGGCACCAGCGGCAAGAGCUACCACAUUGACUGCGGUACCACUUCGGGACAAAUCGUUCCCAACGUCUUCGCCAAGUGCACUGUGGACGGCAAGAAACCGGAUGGCAUCACCGCCAACGAGUCUGACAAGAACGCAAUCAACUGCCCCAUCUCCUAG